AUGUCAUUCAAGUAAGUCAAAGUUAUUUUCCCGCUAUCUCUACAGCGUUAACAUUGACGAGCUGAUGGAUGACCUAGACGCCGAUAAGUCUGGAAAAGUGAGCGCCGAGGAGCUUUUGUCAUCUCUGAAAGGUUCAGGACUUGACAUAGAUUCAGUGAAGGAUUUUAUUGCUUCCAUUGACAAAGAUGGCGAUGGCCAGCUCGAUAGGAAUGAACUGCGAGCCUUUUUCCGGGAGCUCGGACAUUAG